UUUUUCCACAAUGAACCCCAGAUGUUUAACCAAUCACGUUUUUUGUUUGCGGACCCCUCAGUUCCACGCAGGUCCCCGUAGAUCAACUUGCAAUAUCUUCCUAGUUCCUUGCGGUUUAUAUUAGAUCGUUUAGAUAACCGCAUAGGUAAGUGAUGUGGAUAUGAUAAAUCUUUUACCCACACCUUGCACCACUGUCGUGACACUUUAAAGCCAACGUUACUUAACACUUGGGUUUCAUAGAGGUAUUCUUAAAACAAAAAACCAAAACAGAUCACUCCGACACGUACGCAGAAUAUUCAGAUGAAAUGGAUCAAACUCUUAGUAUAAAUCCAAUGGAAAUUGAGACAGCAGUGGCUGGAAAGAAGAAUGGAUGCACUGUGCCAAAGGGUCUUGAAAAUUCAAGUCAAAUAUGUUAUCGCAACUGCAUACUCCAGAUCUUUGCACAAACAACCGGAUUUUUCGAGCAGUUGAAGAUGAAGAUCGAAACGUUCAAUAGAAAUUCAAAUGCAGGUUUGACCAGAUACUUAUACGACCUAUUGCACAGCAUUCGUAAUGGCGAAGGAUCUGAACAAAUUACGAAAAGAAAUGCUGAACAAUUUCACGAAUUUCUUGACAAGAAAAUUCAAAGGUUUCUACCCUUUGAACAAGAUGAUAGUCACUCAUUUUUUCUCUGUGUACUUGGCACCAUUGACGAGGAAUGUAACGGCAGCGACACUCCAUCGGAUCUUUUCAAAGUUCCGUUGCAAAGUUCAUUUCAAUGUUCCAUCCAGCAAGAUAAGAUUGAAUAUAUCGAACAGCUACCAAUAUACAGCAUUCCGGUACCAAAGAUGGGAGACGUGCAAGAAAGUUUGACGGUGUUCGUUGGUGUGGAACAUGUAAUAAAUCAAAAAUGCGAAUGCUGCGAUGAGAACAUUGCGUCCCAUACGAUAAAAAGAUUGAGGAUGACGAAAGUACCCAAAGUUGUUGUUCUGCAUAUUGGAAAAAUCGGAAAGUUUCAGAGAAUUAACACCCCUGAAGAAACAAGAAAGGUUUUGAAAUUCACAGAAGAUAUGGACGCAUUUUAUCCAUCAGAUGAGGAUACAAACAAUAUGUGGCAUCUAUAUGGAGUCGUGGUUCACACUGGUGCAGUAUCUGGAGGACAUUACUUUUCGUACGUAAAACCCAGUGGAACUGAGCAGUGGUACAAAUGCAAUGACAUGAUUGUUCAGCAAGUCUUGGAAGAUGAAGUUCUUCAUAGUGAUCCAUAUCUGCUCUUUUAUUCAAAUUAGGAAAACAUAGUUGGAAUUGGAAUUUCAGUUUACAAACUUAUUGAUAUUCGAAUAAAUGUGGCUCACUACAAC